UUGUAUGUUUGCAGGUUGAUGUCGAAAAAGAGAAAGCAAGCAUGUGCUAAUGAGGCCUCUGAAACUGGCGAGGCUGAAGAAUCUGCUGAGUGUGAGAAUCAAAGGGGUCGUACAGUUGCUGCAGUAGUUGGAAAAGCAAUUCUGAGUGGCGUCAAAAUCCCCUUGGAAUGGAAUCACAAUAAAGUGCCAAUUGGGGAAAAUAGAUACAUCUUUUCAUCAUACAUUGGUGUAGUUGUUCGUGAAAGAGUGAAUAUAAAUUAUCGCGACUGGGAGGAUGUUCCGAAAGAAGUUAUUGAUGACCUCUUUAAAUUCAUUACGAGAGGAUUUAUAGUGCCGGAAGAACGUAGAAAUUAUGUAUUAGGGAUAGCUUUAAUCCGAUGGAGAGCUUUCAAGUCCAGAUUAAGAAAGGAUUGGAUGUACGACACCAAGGGAGUAAAUCCAAAUGUGAUUAUAAAGAAGCCACCUUCGAUAUAUACAUUUAUAACACAAGCUAAUUGGACCAAGUUCAUUGUAACAUAUACUGAUGAUACAUUUAAGGUAAUCUUUGAAUUAUAG